AUGAUAAAAGAUAAUCAGAGCCAUUCAAGUACCUUGAGGUCUGUAUACAUAAACGACAAGCCGAGUCUCUAUCUCAUAGGACUUUUACCUGCUUCGUGUUUCGGUCGCUGGUUUCUGAUCCUGCUGGUGAUGACUCAUAAACACAACGCCGCGACCCGUGGCUUUUGUAGUGUUGUUGGGAGCUUCCCUUGCCCUCGAGCCUUUCUCAAUGCCGUGCUUUUGUGUCUCCUUACCUGCAAUACAUGCGUACUCGAGUGGCGUGCGAGUUUAUCGGUCACUUGA